GCCCGGUGCCCGGCGCCCGCCUCCCGCCCCCGGACGCGCCGCCCCGCUGGCUGGCCCGCACCACGCUCCGCCCUGGACGCCGCUCGUCCCGGCGCGGGGGUGCGCGGGRGGUGGGAGCGGGCCCCGGCUCAGCCUGAUUUACGGCUCUGCUGAAAACCGCUCGGCUCCCGCAGCAUCAGCACCRGCGGUGGCGGCAUUAGCCGCAGCAGCAGCAGCAACAAGUCGGGACUUUUAGAGUAAUGCAACAGAAGGCUUUUGAGGAAGGCAGAUAUCCCUGGCAGGAGUCCUUUGAAAAUGUUGCUGUGUGCCUGCCAUUCCGCUGCCCGAGGUGUGGAGACCAUACCAGAUUUAGAAGCUUGUCAUCCUUGAGGGCCCAUCUGGAAUUCAGUCACAGUUAUGAAGAAAGAACGCUCCUGACAAAAUGCAGCCUCUUUCCAUCUCUCAAAGACACAGAACUACUCCCUUCCUCCGAACUCCUGAAACAGGGAAAAUUGCAGAGCCACGGCAAUGUGGUAAAGCAGAAACCAAGCUAUGUUAACUUGUAUAGCAUUGCACAUGAACACUCCAAGGACCGAAAGCCAUUUGAGGUGGUGGCAGAGAGGCCUGUGUCCUACGUGCAGACCUAUGCUGCGAUGGACAUCCGUGCAGACUCCCUGGAUGGGCCACGGUCCAGUCCUGGACUUCCCACCUCAGACACGAAAGCCUCUUUCGAGGCACACGUCAGAGAAAAAUUCAAUCGCAUGGUUGAGGCUGUGGAUAGGACCAUUGAGAAGAGAAUUGAUAAACUCACCAAAGAGUUGGCCCAGAAAACUGCUGAACUGUUGGAAGUCCGGGCAGCCUUUGUGCAGCUAACUCAGAAAAAGCAGGAAGUUCAGAGACGAGAGCGGGCCCUCAAUAGACAGGUGGAUGUGGCAGUGGAAAUGAUCGCAGCACUGAGGCAGCGCCUGACAGAAUCUGAGGAGGAGCUUCUUAGGAAGCAAGAAGAAGUAGUGACCUUUAACCAUUUCUUGGAAACAGCAGCUGAGAAGGAGGUUCAGGGGAAAGCGAGACUCCAGGACUUUAUUGAGAAUCUGUUGCAACGGGUAGAACUGGCAGAGAAGCAGCUAGAAUACUACCAAAGCCAGCAGGUCUCAGGUCGAAGCCGUGACAUCAGUGAGCAUGUGCUUACAGAUAUCUCUUCAAAUAGGAAACUCAAAUGCCUAAGCCGAGGACACCCGCAUUCUGUGUGUGGCCAUCCUGAUCUUAAGACCCAUUUCCACCCGAAGGGAAGGAGCUACCUGAAGAAAGCCAAGGAUGAGAGAGCCGGACUGCAGCCUGCCAAGUCUGUUCACGAACAGGCUGAGUCCUCAAGAGAACUCUGCAGACCACCCAAGAAAGGGGAGCUUCUGGGGCUUAGCCGGAAAGGCAACAUCAGGCCCAAAAUGGCUAAAAAGAAGCCAACAGCGAUUGUGAACAUCAUCUAAAAGGGUGGGUGGCUCAGGACCAUCAUCUCUUGCCUUUGGGGAAUGUUGUUCCAGGGACCAAUGUGAUUGUCCUUUUGGGCACAUCCCACACAGUAAGACAUUGGAAAAGCAAAGCUCAUGAUGCACAUAAGCACCUCAAUUAACCAGAAUUUAACAAAGGGGAAUCUCAGUGAACCAGAAUUUUAUUAUAACCUCCUUUUAAAAGGUUUAAAAGCAAGAAGCAAAUUGUAGAAAGAACAAGAAGAAGAAGGAAAAAGAAUGAAACAGUCUUAUCCAAAGGUUUUAGUAAAACAAAGCUCCAGCUGCUAAAAUAAUUGGCCCAGUCUCCAUCAGUCCUGGCACCUGGGCCCCUUAUGCAUUGGUCAUUAAUGUUCAGGCUCAGGGCCUCACAAGAUGUCAGACACUGGCAGAAAUUUCAUCUGUACCCACAGUUUUCUAAAUUGUGAGGCCAGGAAUGGAAAAGUUCUGUUAAUAGCAGUGAAAUGAAGAUAUUUUUGUUUGCAUCUAACCUUCCCCUCUAUUAAUUUGAAAGCCUCCAAAAUAAGGAUUCCUGCUUCCCCCGAGUUUUCUUCUGGUUAAUCAAGAUUUCAAUCUUUAGGUUGCAUAAGGGACUUGUUCAGUCAGAUUUCAGUUUUCAUUUGACAGAUUGCUUUUCAGUUUGUUAGUUUGAGUCAGGUUUUUUGGUGUCCAUAGAUGCAUGUUCAGAUUUUGGCACACCUGUGCAUUCGUCUUCGGCUGCGUAUUCUGCACCCUCAAACCUAGCUGCCAGCCUCUAUCGUAAUAGCUGCUUUUGUGGUGUGGUUGAGGAGGGCAGUAAAACCCUUUUGAUCAACAACCAUCAUUGGUGCAGCAUCUGAGCACUUGGCAUGACAGUAGAUGGCACAGUUAUUGCAUUGGGACCACCCUGGAAGCACCGCAGCCCUCACCUAAGACCACCUCCCCUGGUAGUUAUCAGCAGCUUGCUCUCUAUUAACCAUGGGCAUGACUUUCUUUUUGCUGGCUUAACUUUUCCAAAGAGCAGCUCCUUUCACCUCCUGCUGCUUGUAUUAGCCCUUUUAUGACUAAAAUAUACUUUCUUACCUUUCAACCAGGUAUCUGGGGUGUUUGCUGUACAGUGUAUUCUAACAUAAUUUCUGAACUAAACAAUGCAUGUAGGAUCCAGAAUCUGACACCAUAUUCCCCAAAUAGUUUUUUUUCCCACAAAGAACUAUCUUUUGAGAAUUUCCUGCUUUAAAAUUUUCUUCUAUAAUGAAUUUCCAUAAUUUUUUUCUCAUACAUUUUUUAAUGCCAUUAGGUCUCAUGCCGAGUUUUCAAAUGCUGACAUCCUUCUGGAAACAAGAGCAAUGUUGUCCACAGAUAUAUAGACAUAUACAUAUAUAUAAUGCACAUACAAGAUAUAUGUCAGGUAUAUUAAUAAUUUAUUUUUAAAUCCUCAUGGAGAAAGUGUGUGUUUGUGGUGGGUGGUUUUAAAACUAUAUAGGUUUGCUCAUGUAAAUUGAAUCUUCUUAUUUUAAAAAUUAAAACUGUAACCUAAAUAACACUAGUAGAAUUAUGAUUGUUAUUGCAAUAAGCAUCAGAUUAGCAGUAUAUUUAAAAAUAGGUAAUAAAGCAGUUACUUAAAAUGACAGUAAAUCAAAAAGUGUAACUUCUUAUUUAAAUAUUUUGAACCUAUCAUAGUGGAGAUGUUGAUUUUUUUGAGUGUUCACUUUGACCUUUGGCUUAUGGGGGUGGACCAUUCGUAUGGUACGUAGGCAGCUAUCAAGUGGGAAAAUAUAUUGCUGUGAAUAUUACUGUUUAGGCUAGCAUUGUAAAAAUGGUAAUGUUAUUAUUUAUUUGGAUACUUAAUCUCCUCCAAAAUUAUUUAAUAUUAAUGCUUCUAUCAUGKUUGCACUUUAGCUUUCCCAUACUAAAAAAUGACUUGUUAGUUGUAUUGCAUGCUCCUUGUCCUGUAAUGUGUGUGCAAAGACAACAACUUUUUUAAAAAUGCUAUAGCCAGAUUUUUUUUCUGUUUCAUUUAAAAUAGCUCAUAAUUUUGAUAUUCCUUUAACAUGCCUAGAGGGYGUAGCAGCUCUGUUUGACAGUGGUAUCCAGUGAUCUUCAGAAAGCACCAUAGUGUCAUAAUCUAUAAACAUCACAUGAGGCAAAUAAUUUUGAGAUUUAUUAUAUUAAAAAAAAUUUCUUUUGGUAUCCAGGAUUGAA